AUGGGUUUCGACAAGAAACGCAAGCGCUCCGAUAGCGCUGUAAAGCGCUUCAAGGGACAAGGAAAUUCCGCGAAACGGCAGAAGACCAGUGUGGAAAAACGGGUGGUUCAUGUCGACAAGCUGCCAUGGAAGACGGUUGACGUGCUCGAAAUGUUCGACGAUGCCGAAGGGUUUUACGGUCUAGAGGAGGUUACCGGUGUUGAGGUUAUUCGCGAGGGUAAUACUGUAAAAUUUGUUGCUGCUGUCCCUCCGUCAGAUGAGAGCGAAGAGUUCAAAGGCUUUGAUGACGUCCCUGAAGAGGAACCUCAUGCAGCUGGUGAGGCUACCGAGUCAACGGAGUCCAAGACCACUGAUGGCACUGAGGUCUCGUUCACCGAUUCGGCUGCUACUGAACCUACUAAAGAGGAAGAGAAAGACUCCAGGCCCCAAGAGCCGCAGCAGGAUCAGAAAAGGGGAAAGAAGGACAAAAAAAACAAGAAAACUGCCAAGACUCAACAGCCAGAAGCCGACCCCGAACUUGAAACCAAUGUCUUUGCCCAAGCCGCAGCUAUUGCUGACGUCGAGGCUGCGGAAGACGAUGUCGACCUUUCCGAAUGGGUUCCACUGGGGUUGUCACCUCCAGUCCUGUCUUGCAUCGCCCGCUUGAAGUUCCUUAAGCCAACCCCUAUCCAGGCCAGGGCUAUCCCUGAGGUCAUCAAUGGCCACGAUGUUAUCGGAAAGGCCGCGACAGGUUCCGGUAAAACGUUGGCUUUUGGAAUCCCUAUUGUCGAGGCCUGGUUGUCCAAGAUAGCCUCUGCAGAGUCAAGUGGUCAGAAGCAUCCUAUCGCUCUCAUCCUAUCCCCCACCAGAGAACUUGCCCACCAGAUCACCGACCAUCUCAAGCAGCUCUGUGCCGGACUGGCAACGGCUCCUUAUAUCUGCUCGGUAACCGGUGGGUUGGCAGUCCAGAAGCAGGAGAGACAACUGCAAAAAGCGGAUAUUGUCGUGGGUACUCCAGGCCGUCUGUGGGAGGUCAUGAGCACGAGCAAUGCUGUUAUGCAGUCCUUUAGGAGCAUCAGUUUCCUUGUUGUUGAUGAAGCGGAUCGCAUCCUGAAGGAUGGCCACUUCAAGGAGGCUGAAAAGAUCCUGCUUGCUCUGGACCGCACUGUUCCGGGAGAGGAGGAAGAGAAUGAUUCUGACGAUGAGAAGACCUCUCGCCGUCGUCGGCAGACUCUUGUCUUCUCAGCUACCUUCAAUAAGGCUCUCCAGCAAAAGCUUGCGGGCAAGGCACGCUACAACCUGAUGGGUGAAACAGAAUCCCUCGAGUACCUUCUCAAAAGACUGAACUUCCGUGAGCACCCCAAGUUCAUCGACACCAACCCGAUCACUCAGAUGGCCGAGAACCUUAAAGAGGGCCUGAUUCAAUGCGGCGACAUGGAAAAGGACCUCUACCUCUACGCCGUCCUUCUGCUCCAACCUACUCGCCGCGCCCUCGUUUUUACAAACUCCAUCAACACUGUCAGACGCCUUACUGCCUUCCUCAACAACCUCAAUCUCCCCGUUUUCGCACUGCACUCCGAGAUGGAACAAAAAGCCCGUCUUCGGUCAAUCGAGCGCUUCAAGGCCGACAACCAUCCCAACAAGAGCAAGAGCAACAACGCUGCCUCAAUCCUAGUUGCCACCGACGUAGCCGCACGCGGUCUUGAUAUCCCGUUGAUUGACCUUGUCGUGCACUACCACGUCCCGCGCAGUGCCGAUGAUUACGUGCACCGCUCAGGUCGUACCGCUCGUGCCAGUAACUCGGGUGUCUCCAUUCUCUUGUGCGGGCCGAAGGAAGCUAUCCCAACCCAGCGUCUUAUCAACAAGGUCCACGCCGCUGCGGCCGCUAAGAACUCUAACCCUGUCAAGAGCACCAAAGCGCUUGGCGUCCAGACGAUUGAUAUCGACAGGAGGCUGGUGCAAUGCCUGCGUCCUCGAGUCACGCUCUCGCAAAAAAUUACAGAGGCGACGAUGGCGAAGGAGCGCGGUGCCAAGGAAGAUGAGUGGCUGCGCAAGGCGGCUGAAGAACUGGGUGUCGACCCCGAGGAAGCCGAGGAACUUGGGGUGUGGAAAGGCAAGGGCAGCGGGAAGAAGCAAAGAGAGAGGGAGGCAAGAAUGACGACUAAAGCUGAGAUGAAACAGAUGAGGUGGGAGUUGAAGGAGUUAUUGAGCAAGAGAGUCAAUAAUGGUGUGAGCGAGAAGUAUCUGAGAGGCGUUGAUGUUGAAAGCCUGUUGCAAGGCGCGCGAGGAGAGUUCUUGGGUGUUGUGGAGGGUUUGGGGAUUUAA